CUUACGGUGAAAAGCAUACCUGAAUCACGUGGUUAAUUAUUCUUUCAUGUAUAACAUGUAUACACAGAGAGAUACUGAAACCGGAAGGGUUUAAAAAAACAACAUCAUAAGAAACAUGGAUGGCGGGACGAAGGCCCAUCUGGUUGAAAACGAACACUUGCCGGAUGAAACGGCCUUUUCGUCAUCGUCCCGAGAUGACAUCACGCUGACUAAUGGAGACGUCAGUUACGCAGACGACAACUUUAUUGUUAGCACUGUUCAACCAGGAAUCUACUCGGGGUUCAGCUCCAACUAUGGCACCGUCUCUGCCGAGGGACCAGGCGACCUGCGGGAGGCGCGCCGCCGGGGCCGCGGCGGCGUGUGGACCCAGAAGCAGGUGUACGGCGUGGAUGAGAAUACGGAGAGGGGAAACUGGACCGGAAGAUUCGAGUACCUGCUCUCGAUGCUAGGGUACGCCGUUGGGCUAGGGAACGUGUGGCGGUUCCCAAAUCUGUGCUACAAAUACGGCGGAGGCGCGUUCCUGAUUCCAUACGUGCUGUUCAUGACGUUCGUGGGCAUCCCGCUGUUCUACAUGGAGUCCGCACUGGGGCAGUUCACCAGCAGUGGACCCACCACGUGCUGGCAGUUCGCGCCACUUCUCCAAGGUCUGGGCGUCUCUAUGAUGAUCUCGUCGUUUAUCACAUCCGGCUACUACUGCAUGAUCAUCGCUUGGUGCCACUUCUACUUCUUUGCCUCCUUUACAAGUACUCUCCCAUGGGUGUCCUGCGACAACUGGUGGAACUCCGAAGAUUGUCGCGAUCGACUGCGUGACGUCACAUGUGACGGCAUUGAUGAUGUACGAUACGACAACGGGACGUGCUAUUUAAACGACGGUAACUUUACCGGUAUCUGGAACUACACUGCCUUCAAGAACGUCACCGGACGGGAGAGGAUAGCGCCCUCUAGAGAGUAUUGGGAGACGUAUGUUCUGCGCAAGAGCGACCGGAUAGAGGACGCCGAGCGGCCCCAGUGGCGGCUGGUGUUGUGUCUGCUGUUCUCCUGGAGCCUCGUCUUCCUGUGUCUCGCGAGGGGCAUCAAAUCCGCGGGAAAGAUCGUGUAUUUUACUGCAAUAUUUCCAUAUAUCAUCCUCGUUAUUCUGUUCUUCCGUGGAGUUACGCUGAAGGAUGCUGGGAAAGGAAUCGCAUUUUAUAUCACCCCGGAGUUUAAAAAAUUAGGUGACAUAGCGGUGUGGAAGGCCGCAGCUAUUCAGAUAUUCUUCUCACUAGGGCCUUGCUACGGAGGCAUCGUCGCUCUAUCCAGUUAUAACCGAUUCCACAAUAAUAUUUACAGGGACGCGCUGAUCGUGUCCCUAGGCAACUGUCUGACCAGUGUAUUCGGUGGCUUCGUGAUAUUCGCAUUUGUGGGUCACAUGGCGGGCCAGCUUAAUGUACCCGUGGAGCACGUGGCCGACGAAGGUCCCGGUCUCGCAUUCGUGGUGUACCCAGACGCUGUUCAGUCCCUGCCCGCUCCCGCCUUCUGGUCAGUGAUAUUCUUCUUCAUGCUCGUCACUCUCGGGAUUGAUACCCAGUUCGCAUCUGUAGAGGCGCUGUUGACGGGCCUGCUGGACCUGUUCCCCGGGUACAGGCCCCACAAGACCAAGGCUAUCUUCGCCAUCUGUGGCGGCAUGUUUCUACUCGGCCUACCGUUCACUACGCGGAGUGGUAUAUACUGGGUGACGCUGGUAGACUAUUACGGGGCCGCAUGGAGCGUUCUCCUCACUGGCCUCAUUGAGGUCAUUGCUAUCUCGUAUUGCUAUGGUAUACGCCGUUUCUGUGCCGACCUGGAGACCAUGAUAGGUCCCUGGCGGACCUGGUUCUGGUGUAUCUGCUGGACCUUCAUCACUCCGGCAGGAACAUUAUUUAUAUUGCUGUUUGCGUGGAUCGACUACAAACCCGUGACGUACGCCAGCUACCACUACCCGGCCUGGGCGGAAACACUGGGCUGGUUCCUAUCAUUCACGGCAAUUUCAGCGGUUCCCUUGGUCGCCGUGUACAAGGUGACAACGUAUAGAAAGGAUAUACCUAUCAUCCAGAGAGUCAAACAGCUAUUGGUUCCGGCGCGCGACUGGGGUCCGGCGCUUGUGCAGCACCGUCAGCUUAUCAAGCAUGUGCCGGGUUUCAUCGUGGACCCGGAAGACUGGAACCACGGCGUCUCAUUCACAUAUCAAAACAUAUCGGAGGAACCAACAUUAAUCAUGCACGGGUUAACGGAAACGGCCGUUGAUGCGUGACGUAUUCACUUUGGGAGUCUACCCUCGAGCAGCCAAUCAAUUAAAACGUAUAUGCAUUUAAGUUCAAAUGAUCGUUUAUCACAUGUUUUAGGUUGUCCUCGGUGUAGUAAAUCCUUGUUUUUUUAUUUACACCCGUGUAAGAUAACAUUUUUUACGUUUUGAUAAGCUACACGUUUGGUCGAGCUCGCAUUCAAAAAGCUAUGUAACUUGUUACCGACAUAUGUAGCUAGUUUAAAUUUACCAAUUAAAAGACCUUGUGUAGUGUGUAUUACGUUGUCAAUAAGGCAUGACGUCGUAUCACUUUAAAAACAUCAGACUUUGUCAACAUGAUUAGCAAAACAACGGUUGUCUAUAAAAGCAUUUGAUAAAAGAACAAUCGGCAGAUUGUGUCUAUUCAUAGCACAUUUUCUGACAAAACUCGUGUAACAAACACGAAGGUCGUUUCAGAACCUAAACUGUAAAGACUGCAUUUCGAUGUGAGAAUCUCACGCUACGUUUCAUAUUCUGUGAUAUAUUUAUGACCUGUAAAUUAUGUUAAUAAAUUGUUACUAAAUCGCCAAA